CUCCAAUCCCUCGGGCUUUUUAUGUAGGCUUUGUUAAAGUAGAGCCCCGAGGAAAGAAAAGGGGACGGUGACGGGACAGCGAGAUGGAAGGGGGCGAGGGCGGUGACCGGACUCCGAGGGUCGCCGUGGCGGCGUUCAUACUCAAGGGGAGCUCCGUUCUGUUAGGAAAGCGACUGUCAGAGAUCGGAAAAGACACUUUCGCCCUCCCCGGUGGCAGACUCGAGUUUGGUGAGAGCUUUGAGGAGUGUGCAUCAAGGGAAGUAAAGGAGGAAACGGGUUUGGAUAUCCAAAAGAUUGAGGUCAUGACCGUCGUCAACAGCGUUCAACCGGAUGCCCAAAGACCCUCUCACUUUGUCACCGUCAUCGUUCGUGCCGUGUUAUCAGAUCCAGGCCAGAUACCCGUUAACGUUGAGCCCGAUAAGUGUAGCGGGUGGGCUUGGCACGAGUGGGAUAGCCUACCCGAUCCACUUUUUAAGCCGCUGGAGGUUCUGGUUAGUAGCGGGUUUAAUCCUUUCUCGUGCUCACCGUGAUUGGCGGAUAACGUUUGAGGUCUGAUUUAGAGAUUUUAGUUUUUGUGGCGAUGUAAUAUGCAUAGUGGAUCUUCUACGAGAGGAACUUAUUAGAGAGCAAAAUUUGAAUUGUUGCAAGUCUUUUUGAAGUAUAUAAUUAUUAUGAAAAUCUCUCAACAA